AUGACAUUUCUUACAAGAUUUUUAUCUUGGUUCUAUAAUUGGAAAUAUAAAAUUUUGAUCGUUAUAAUCAUUAUAUUUUUUUCUUGGUUUCAUCUAUCGAUAUUAUUCUAUUAUCACAGCUUAAGCCCAUCUUUCAUAGUUUACAAUAAACAUUUCAAUCAAUCAUUACCCCUUAUUUUACUUUAUACACAUAAUAGGUCACAUAAAGCACGAAAUAAUAUUUGUAGAGGUACUCGCAACGGUGGACACGUUGUUAAUUUUGAGAGAUGCCCAAAAAAAUGUCAAUUCUCAUGUCAACUACAAGACUUCAAACAGCGUUCACCACUUGCAGUGCUGUGUUUUGGUGAGGAUUUCUAUUGGUCUCUUAACUUAACUGAUCAGGAUCGGUUAUCAUAUAAACAGAGAUGGAUAUUUUGGUCAUGGGAAGCACCUAUCAAUCAUCCAGAAUAUAGUCGAUCUCGUUUAACUUUUAAUUGGACUAUGACCUAUCGACAAGAUUCAGAUAUUAUUCAUGAUUAUGGCCGAUAUAUUGCACGUAAUCUAUCAUAUUCAAUUCGUGAUUAUCAAGCAGUGGAUUUUUAUUUAUCAAAAGAAACAAACCAAUCAACAUUUGAUGCCGGAAAAGAAUUUUCAGCUCGAGAAAAUAAAAUUUUAUGGAUCGUGUCAAAUUGUAAAGCUCGAAUAAAUCGACGUCAAAUAGGUACCAAACUAAAUAGUUACUUUCCAAUUGAUCAGUAUGGUGGAUGUUCAUUAUUAAAUAAAAGGGCCAAGAUAUUAUCACCCAAAGAUUUUGAACAAACACUUUUUAAGUACAAAUUUUAUUUAGCAUUCGAAAAUUCGAACUGUCAAGAUUAUAUCACUGAAAAAGCAUUCUAUAAUGCAUUAGCACAUGGAAGUAUUCCUAUCGUUUUGGGAACAGAUGAAAAUAAUUAUAAAAAUAUUUUACCGCCAAAUUCAUUUAUUUAUAUUGAACAUUAUAAAAAUAUGAGCGAUCUUGCUAAUCAACUAAGAAAUAUAAGUCAAAAUUUAGAUUUAUUUAAAUUCUAUCAUCAAUGGCGGAUUCAUUAUCGAUUAAUUGUAUGGCCAUCGAAUUAUUUUAUUGAUAAUCUCUUUUGCAAUUUAUGUAUUAAAUUAUAUGAAGAUGAAAAACCAAAGAGUUAUAAUAAUUUUUCACGAUGGUUGAAUCAAUGCAAAUAA